GCCCGACCGAUCAUUCGCCACGUGUCCUACCUUCGUCCCUUUCCUCCUUCCCCAUCCUUACACUCAUCCGAUUCUUCCUCCACUGCAGAAGAGGGCGACGACUACCUACCUCUUGUCUCUCUGUCUCCUUCCUUUUCUUUCUCUAUUACUCCGUCACCAUCGCCAUGAGCUUUGCGACGGAGCAAGUGAUCGGCGCGCGGCUACUUACUCCGCGGGGGCGAAUCAGUGUCAUACGGCAGGUGCAGCGGCCCCAUCUCUGCUCCGAUCUCCUCCGGUUCGCAACCUUCUUCAGCACGGCGGCGAUCUACGAGGCGGCGGAGUUCCGAUUCACGGAGGAGGCAACUACGCACGUUCUGGCCGAGAUCUCGGCCUUCCGACGACUAUCUCCCCCCGGGAUUAGCCAUAUCGCCGUCGUCGUCGUCUUUACAGGGGAUAUCACAGCGAUCCCGCCAGUGAUUCCUCCGACAUCUAUCGGACGUUGCGCGCCUGGGUCGGGGAAGUGCGGGCAGCGUGGACAGAUCUCCUUGCUCGACGAGGAGAUACCGUCGUGCCGGCCCAUGACACAGACUUCCAGCUCCGCUCGUCUCAAAGCUCGCCAGCGAUCGUGCUUCCGGAGCUUCUCUUGGCGGGCCCCUACUCUCUCCUACCGUAUUAAGGAGAACAGCGCGCCGCUACUGAGCGAAGAGAAGUGGGACGCGUGGUGGGAGGACUACAUCGAGCUCGCUUUCUGUCUAUUGGAGAUAGAGUUCCGCUGGUCAGAAGCGGCCCCAUUCAGAGAAGGACCAGAACACCCAGAGGACAGCGUGGAGCUUAUGAUCAUCCAAGCCUGGAGGACAGCGAAGCAGGGCGAUCUGCUGGGAAUCGUAUUCGGGAAAGUGGAGGAGGGCAAUCUCACCUUGAUCGCGGACGAGUUGCUGGUGUUUCUGACUCAGCUGGUGGAUGAUCUGCCCCUAGACAUCUUGUCACGCAGUGACGAGAAGACUGGCACCCACGUGCUGUCUCGAACGCUCGAGCCGCACCUUGUGUGGUCCACGUGUAUGGAGAUUGACGAGGACAACUGUCUCUAUCCCUCCCAGGCACUUUACUUGGAGAUCGACGUUACCGAUCUCACAUUUUGGGACCCGAUCGCGAGGAGAAACGCGGCGCAGGACGAGGAGAUAGGGAGAACAGAGGAAGAGGAGGAAGAAGUGGAGCCAUCGGGUGAAGAACGGGAUGAUCCAGACUACGUCCCGGAAAGAGGAACGAGGAUAACUAGCGGAUCGGGUCAGCCAAGUAAAAAGAACGAAGAGGAGGAAGAGCAGAGGAAGCGGAAGCGUCAGGAAACCACGGAGGGAAAGCGACCCAUGACAAACAUCUCUCCUAUCGGUCCACCGAUCGGGGAUCCGUGGCGUGAUCCGGAGCCGCCAGAAGAAGAAUACGAUGGAACCGCAGCAAAGGGAUCGCGGAGACGAAGAAGAAGAAGAGAAUCGUCAGCUUCCUCCGGCUCCCUGUCCCGAUCCUCCAUUCGUCUACAUCAAGAUCUCGGCGUUCGGGCUUCAUCCCCGGUCUUUCUCUCGCCGACCCCGUGACUACCUCAUGCUUACCCGUCUUUUCGAUAGACCCCCGUUCCCCAAUGGUUGGUGUCCUUUCCCCCAUCACCUUUUCUA